AACAGUUUUUUACAGAGAAAAACUGAAAUCAUAUUUAAAAAAAAAAAACAAGGAAAAACGGCUUAAAUCAUUGGACAUUUUAACGCUGUUGUCAAACCAAAACCACACGGCAGCCAUGAUUUAAUUAUCAUAACAUGUUGAACAAGUAUUGCACAAUAUAUGUAAUACUAAGCAAUAAAAGAGAUUAGUGGAAGAGAGAUCAGUCUUCGACCUCAACGUGUUGAUAACAUAACCGGUACAAGAGUGACUUGCAAUCUAUUAUUAUCAAUAAAACAAUCUUUUCAUUAAAUUGAGGAAAAAGUGUAUUUUUUAUACUACAGUACGUACAACUAGUCUAUAAUGGGCAUGAAAGUGUACAAGAGAGAUACCAGUGGACCUUGCCGGUCGGUGUUUAUGGUACUUGAGCUGUUGGGCAUAAAAGAUGUUGAAUACAUACAAAUGAAUUUGAUUCAACGCGAGCACUUCAGUGAGGAAUACUUGAAGAUGAACCCACAACAUACAAUUCCAACGUUGAAAGAUGGCGAUUUCGUAAUUUGGGACAGCCACGCAAUUGUGACGUAUUUAGUUAACCAAUACGCAAAAGACGAUUCCCUCUAUCCCAAGGACCCCAAAAAACGCGCCAUUGUGGACCAAAGGUUACAUUUUGAUAAUGGUGUUCUCUUUGCAGCAUUGAAAACUACUAUGGUUCCAAUUUUAUACAACGGUGAGACAGCAUUCAGGCAAGAAAAUCUAGACAAAAUAAAAGAGGGUUAUGCGUUUAUUGAGAAAUUCUUCUCUGGACCCUGGCUUGCAGGGGAGUCAAUAACACUGGCUGACAUUUGCUGUGUGUCUAACAUCAGCUCUCUGAAUGAAAUUUUCCCCAUAGAUAAGGCCCUGUACCCCAAAUUAUCGGCCUGGUUUGAGAGAUGUUCAAAACAAGACUUCUACAUCAAGAAGAACUUGCCUGGCCUGCAAGAAUUUCAAGAACUAUUAAAAGUGAAAAUUGUAUCCUAAAAUUGAUCAUUCAUUCAUGAAGACGUGUUUUGUUAAGAUAUUGUUCUGUGAAAAUAAAUAUCUGUUCUUUUAC